GGGCCAGACGAGGGGCAGGGAUGCUGCCCCUUCUCCCGCCCCAUCUGGGCACAGAGGCGUGCGCUCAACACUGACGCGCUUAUGUCCUUUCACAGCUACAUUUUUAAAAGCCUGGUUACCUUUCUAACGCAGUAUAUAAACAUUAAAAUUAUUACUUUUUAUCACAGACCUCUGAACCUCUCUCUCUCCCCCAAAAGCAAGAUCAGCGAGCAUACAUGCAUCCGACAACAUUUCACGUACAGUUUCUGGGGACCGUCUCUGCACCCGGCCUGCACUUAGCUCUCGGGGUGCAGCCGGCUGCAGGAAAAUGGAUGUGGUUGGGCUGCACUGGCCUGAGGAAGUCCUCGAGGGGGCAUCCCCGAGAUGCUGAUGGGCUCAAGUGAGCUCCUGAAAAGGGUUUGCGUCUGAUUGUAACUCGUCUACUUACUUAUUUUGUAUUUGGUGUGACCACGCUUGUAACAGUCUGUGCAAGUGGUGUGUGUCAAUGGGAAGGUGCUCGAGCCCGGGAGCGGGUCUGCGCCCUACCCGCGGCCCCCGACGGCCCCUGGGUCUGUGCGCACAGCUGGGCCGCACGUCCCACCCUCCCGGGUGCACUGGGGGCUGCGGUCCCGCGCUGCCAGGCCUCCAGGGCGCUCGGGGCGCCGCGCACCGGGGCUGCGGCCUCCCGUCCACGGCCCGGCUCCCCUGGCCCAGCUCGGGGGCUGCGUCUACCCGGAGCUGCGCAGCGUCUGGCCGGGUGCGUCCUUGCCGACAGAGAGCAACCCCCAAGGGACCCUCGCCUCUGAGCGCAGACGCGGCGGAGGCCAUCGCCGUCCUCGACGCCGUCAUUGCGGACCUGGACGUGGACAAACACGAUGUGGACUUCGACGUGGCCACCAGCCCCCGGGAGCACGGCUUGCACUCCAACUGGAUCCUGCGGGCGCCGCGCCGGCACUCCGAGGACAUCGCCGCGCAUGUGCACCCUCAGAGCAGUGCGGAGCGCAGGACCGUCGGCGCCCAGAGGAGACUUGAGAGGCACCCCAUCUACCUGCCCAAAGCUGUGCAAGGGGCGUUCAGCACCUUGAAAUUUAAGCCCAAACCCUGCAAAAGAGAAUCCUGCUGUCCCAACACCGGACCCCAUCUCUGGCCCCUGGUCCCUGUGCGCACUCGGAGCAGUAAAUGCUGUUGUGCUCUGGCGGACCCAGGCCACGCUCCAGGGACCUCACCCUUCACAGCCAAAGGGUCCCCGCCUGCUAUGCUGAAUGUAAAGCCCUCUCUCUCACUCCUCCCUGCCAGCCUGGGGAGCACCCCACAGAUCCUCUUCAACUCCUCGGGGGAAGACGUGGAAUGGAACACAGAGCUCUUUGCCCUGGAGCCCCCGGCAUCUCUGGGGGAGGACUACGUCGAGACCGAGAACCCCAAAGGCCAGUGGCUGCUUCGGGAGCGGCCCUGGGAGCGCACAGGACCCUGACCAUUUGGCUCGGCUCAGGCUGAGUCCCUGAGGAGGUGUCUGCUUCCCGGCGGCGCGAGGUGCUUGGUAGACGUAGAAACGAACUCGUGACAAAGUCAAGCCCAGGAGCAUGCUGUCUGCUGCUGGCCACUUAGUGCCAAACACACGUGGCCUCCCCGAGGACCUGCUGCAGGGGCGUGUGGAGCGGCUUUCCCUGCACGGGCAGGGGAGCAGGCAGCGCAGCCUGGCUGGUGCUCAGCAGCAGGACCGGGAGUGGGGGGCUCCCUCCCUGGCCUCCCCUCCUGCACAUGGCCCCUGGGGCAUCUGUCCCAGCAGCUGCUAGAACUCUGUGCAGUGCAGGAAACAAACCCACCCGUGCAUCCUGGGCCCAAGUUUUCAAAGA